AUGGCGAAUCACAACACGAGUUGGCCCGCUCUAGGUUUCGCCUUCACCAGAUCCAAUGAUGGUCGCGGUGAUGGUGGUGCCGGCGGUGACGGCGGUGGCCACAGUGACGGCGGUGGCCGCGGUGACGGCGGUGGCCGCGAAAAUGGCAGCAGUAGAGGAAAUGGCAAAGGUGGUCGUGCAUUUCAGGCUAGUAAUUUUGAUCAAGGGCAGCAAAUCUCUUCACCUCAGCUUCCACUCACUACAGAACAACUAGACAGACUGUACAAACUCCUCGGGUCUCCAACUCCUUCUUGCUCUAUAGCAACAAAAGGUAACCAAAAAAUAAAAAUUGCAGAUGGCUCUUUUUCAGCCAUUGCUGGUAAAGGGUCAGUUGUCUUGUCUCCAAUGUUAACUCUGAAAAAUGAUUUGAACUCGGGGAAGAUGAUUGGCAGUGCUAAGGAGAGUGGAGGACUCUACUACCUUGACAUAGGAUCUGCAUCACAACUACCUUCAAAAUAA